GUGAAUUUAAGAUCGAGUAUACGAAUUAUGGGCUGACUUUUUAGAACUCAAACCAAUUGACUAUAAAUGCAUAUUUAGUAAGCAUCGGGUAAAGCAAACGAAAUUAUGAACAAGAAAGCAGGAAACUUCAAGAAGGAACCAAAAGAAUUUGAAUACGAGUUUUUCGGACCCACUGGUGCCUUAGCCGUAUUUUUACUUACAACAGUGGUACUAUUUGGACUUUAUUUUGGUUGCAAUGAAAAUGGUUGCCCAGCAUAUCCUCAGAAGAUACUGUCUAUGAUUUAUGAUGCUAAGUUUAUUGAUGUGUAUUCGUUUCAGCUGUACUUGUGCUGGCUAGGGGCACUUAUCCUGGCGUGGCAUGUCUUGCCAGGAGAAUGGGUGAAAGGUACACCUAUUGAUGAAAAAGGAAGUCGUCUCGAUUACAAAAUGAACGGAUUUGCUACUGCUAGUCUAGUUUUGGGAGUCACUAGUGGAUUUAUUUAUAUGAAAGGACCUGAAUGCAUGGAGCUGAUUUGGAGUCGAUUUUUACCUCUGAUGACAUCUGCCUAUAUCGUUUCCAUUUUCCUUUCUAUAUACUGUUACAUUUCUAGUUUCAUCGGUCAAAAGCGCUUGGCCGAAGGUGGAAAUUCGGGAAAUAUAGUGUAUGACUGGUUUAUUGGGCGAUUGCUAAAUCCUCGGAUUGGAAAUUUUGAUAUAAAGGUUUUUUCUGAACUGAGACCGGGUUUAAUUUUGUGGGUUCUUUUAGACAUUGCAUUUGCAUGCAGGCAGUACGUUCUGCUGAAUGGAAGAAUCACCGAUAGCAUGGUUCUGGUAUUAGUUUUCCAUUCUUGGUACGUUCUAGAUUCUCUCUUUUAUGAAAAUGCUGUUCUGACUACUAUGGAUGUAACCACUGAUGGUUUGGGUUAUAUGCUUUGCUUAGGUAACUUGGCUUGGGUGCCUUUUACUUAUGGCCUCCAAGCCCGUUACUUAUCUUUUCAUCCAGUGGACCUUGGAAUUCCUUGUACAAUUGCCAUCAUCUUCCUUCAAUUGCUAGGUUAUUACAUUUUCCGAGGAACCAACAGUCAAAAGAAUAUGUUCCGUAAUAACCCUACCGACCCAAGCGUCAAAAACUUAAAGUAUAUGGAAACCAAACGUGGGACCAAGCUGCUUAUUGAUGGAUGGUAUGGAAAAUCCCGCCAUAUCAAUUAUUUCGGCGAUUGGUUGAUGGCCUGGGCUUGGUGUUUACCAGUAGGAUUUGGAUCCGCUAUUCCUUACUUUUACGUUGCUUACUUUGCGGUGCUAUUAAUACACAGGUAUGGAAGAGAUGAUCAUAAGUGCCAUCAGAAAUAUGGAGAGGAUUGGAAUAAAUAUUGCCAAAUAGUCAAGUAUCGCAUUAUCCCCUACGUCUAUUAAACCCGUUCUAAUCUAAUCUUAUACUAAUAAAUUUUCUGAAAAGAAUGUGCGAAGAUAUAUAAAUAGCAGGAAAGAAGGUAUUGCAGAGAAUGAAGCAAAUGAAAAUCUAUACGAUAGAAACAAUUACAAAACAGAAAAGAAAUAAAGUGAACAAAAAGUAGCAAAAAAGUCUUGUUCAUUUGGAAGAAAAAGGAACUUUUAUUUGGGCAAGUUUUGCUGAUAUUGAAAGAUUUAGGGAAUGCAGAUCCUUUGUUUACAUUUCACCUGCUGUGGAUCUGUAGAUCCUUCACUAUAUAUAAUUUUCCCUCUUCUCUGUACUUACCCUCUUUUUGUACCUUACCAUAAGUUGAGAGCUAUAGAAACACCUUAGAAAUUUAAAAGAUUCAAUAAACGAUCGACUAGUUGUUUCCUCUUUUUGUUUAUAAAUACUUUCUUCGCUUGCAUGAUUGCGAGUUUGAAU